AUGAAAUCGCUUGUUGCCGUGAAGGCGUAUGCACCUACGAGCUGCAGUGAACAUGUUGUAGCUGCCUUCUCACACGAAGCGGCCAUGCACAGUGUUUUGAACCACCCUAAUAUCGUUCGAUUCCAUGGUAUGUGUAUAGCGCCCCCUACAAUAUGCCUUGUAUUUCAACUCUGUCAAGGAAAUUUAGCUAAUUUACUAGCGAAUCAAGUGUUUUUACGAAAUAUUUACCCUGCUAGACAACAAUUGUUGAUCAGUGUGGGGUAUAUGCUGGAUGCUGCUCGUGCUGUAGCGUAUCUUCAUAGCUUCUCGCCCCCCUUUGUUCAUUGUGACAUACAACCGAAAAGCUUUUUAGUGGAUGCAGCCUGCAAUGUAAAAUUAUCGAACUUUGGCGAGUCUAGGUGUGUAACGAAGCUGGAACAGAAAACGCGAGCAUCAAAAGGAGCCAACUCUAUACUUGAAGACAAAUAUUUUGCUUCAAUUGAUUCGCCCAUGGGUGUAAGUGCGACUUGUAUUGGCUUACCAUGGAGCAAGCACCUGAAAAAGAAAACGAUAGAAUACACAGCACCCGAGAUGUUCGAAAAUUCGUUUUUUGAAAUACAUGGAGAAGCAGCUGAUGUCUAUUCACUUGCUGUCACCAUGUGGGACAUUUUAAAUCCUGACGGGGAGAAGUUUCCACGAACGAACGGAGAUCAGAUUGAAGUGAUUAAAGAAAUCUUGAACGGUACGCGUCCUGGAUUAAGCACCACUCCCACAACGCUGCAUAGCCUAAUCGAGCGCUCGUGGCAUUUUGAUCCUGGUUUACGCCCAUCCGCAAAACAAAUCGUUGCAACUCUAGAAGGCUUGCAGGAGGAAUUGUGCUCGCAACUGGCACUUGAUUUAAAGAGCCAAUUAGUCGACAGCCAAAAAUCCGAUACUCUGUCGGCGGCAUAUGAGACACGGGCCUUUCCUGGAUCCUUUCUCGUAGACCGUCUAAUCGACCGCCGAUUUGUAAGGUGUCCGGCAGAGGCCAUUCGAAUGGGGAACGCAUUGAUGGACUCAUGCGUUCUUCACCACGUGAACCACUCCAGAAGUUUUGAAAAUACUUCGACAGCGCGUUACUACUUCUCUGGUGAUAAUGUUCACAGUAUUCUACCAACCAUCCAUCGUGAGGUAUCGUUUGAACAGAUAAGUCUACGAAAGUCAAUUGAGUCAAGUCUUCCCAUGCUGGCGCGUGGCUCCAGUCAAAGUUCCAUCCAAUCGUCUGAGAAUUUCGUUCGACCGCGUGAUGACCCUAUGUGCCGGUGUCGACAAUUGGGGCAGCGCCUGAUUAGUAUCAAGAAGUCUCGAUUUAGUCGACAGAAGCAUUUUGAAGCGGCCCCAGAGCCUGCUUUGAAUAUCUUGGCGGCUUCUUUGCCAGUUGAGGGAGAUCUGCCAUUGCAAAAUGACGACAAUGGUUUUGAUUUGGCUCCUGGAACAGCUGCUACUAUGGCCUAA